AUGGCAGAGAUUCAUGAUCAAUUCGAUACCAUCUUAAUUCUGGAUUUCGGCUCACAGUACAGCCAUCUGAUCACUCGGAGAUGUCGAGAGCGCAAUGUAUAUGCGGAACUUAUGCCAUGCACGACGUUAAUCAAGGAUAUCAACUUCAAACCCAAGGGUAUCAUCCUCUCUGGUUCCCCAUACUCUGUAUACGAUAAGGAUGCCCCGCAUGUUGAUCCUACUGUCUUUGAGCUCGGAAUACCCAUCCUCGGCAUUUGCUAUGGACUUCAAGAAAUCGCCUGGAACCUAGGUGGGGAGGUAACGAAGUGUGACCACCGUGAAUAUGGCUUUGCGGAGAUACAGAUCAAUAAGAUCGGAGGAGAAGAGUCUGUAGACGCCUUGUUUGAGGGACUCGGCGAGGAAAUGCAGGUAUGGAUGUCUCAUGGGGAUCAGCUCUCUCAACCUCCUCCGGACUUCCAUGUCAUUGGCCACACGAGAACGGCACCUUACGCCGCUCUCGCACACAAUACGAAACCGCUUUAUGGGAUCCAAUUUCACCCCGAAGUAACUCACUCCCCUCGAGGAAAGGAGCUUAUCGCGAAAUUUAUUCUGAGCAUCUGUAAAUGUCGACAAAACUGGACGAUGGAAGAGUUUAUUGGAAAAGAAAUCUCUCGUAUUCGUGACAUUUGCGGAGAGAAAGGCCGUGUGAUUGGGGCCGUCAGUGGGGGUGUUGACAGUACUGUCGCGGCGAAACUAAUGCAUGAAGCUAUUGGAGAUAGAUUCCACGCAAUUAUGGUUGACAACGGCGUGCUCCGUUUGAACGAAGCUCAACAGGUCAAUGAAAUGCUCAAUAAGGACCUGGGUGUGAACUUGACAGUGGUCGACGCAUCGGACUUAUUUCUGUCCCGCCUCGAAGGCGUCGAGGAACCCGAGCAGAAACGGAAAAUCAUUGGUAAUACUUUCAUUAAUGUUUUCGAAGAGGAGGCUGCGAAAAUCGAGGCCGCUGCCGAUGAGGAGGAAAAGGCAGGCGCGGCAGCCAAAGGCCGUGUCGAAUGGCUCCUCCAGGGCACCCUUUACCCUGACGUCAUAGAGAGCAUCAGCUUCAAGGGACCGAGCGCGACUAUCAAAACCCAUCACAAUGUCGGCGGUCUCCUCAAGGACAUGAAACUCAAACUUAUCGAGCCAUUACGAGAGCUGUUCAAGGAUGAGGUCCGAGCCCUGGGGCGUCUUUUGUCAAUUCCCGCUCCACUCGUGCAGCGGCAUCCGUUCCCUGGGCCGGGAUUGGCCAUUCGCAUUUUAGGUCCCGUUACGCGCGAUCAAGUAAAUAUUCUACAACAUGCGGACAGUAUCUAUAUCGAGGAAAUCAGGAAAGCAGAUUUGUACGACCAGAUUUCUCAGGCUUUUGCUGUAUUAUUGCCUGUAAAGGCUGUGGGCGUCAUGGGCGACCAAAGGACGUAUGAACAGGUUAUUGCGCUUCGUGCGGUCCAAUCCGAAGAUUUCAUGACAGCGGAUUGGUUUGUUUUCCCCGCUGAUGUUCUCCGAAGAAUCUCGUCGCGCAUCACCAAUGAGGUUGCCGGUAUUAACCGUGUUACUUAUGAUAUCUCUUCCAAGCCGCCUGCAACUGUGGAAUGGCUGUAAAAUCAUCGAUCGGAUAGUGUAGAAGUCAACUAGGGUAUGCUGGCUGGAAACGUUGUGGUAUGUUGCGUCGUCAAUGUAAUAUGUAAGAGUGGCGGAAAAGCGGAAUGGAAUACUCCGAUAAAACCAC